AUGAGGAUUUUGCCAAAUCUGUGGUUAGGAAGUUGCCCUCGUCAAGUGGAACAUGUGACUGUCAAACUUAAACAUGAGUUGGGCAUUACAGCAAUAAUGAAUUUCCAGACUGAAUGGGAUGUGGUUCAGAAUUCCUGGGGAUGCAACCGCUAUCCAGAACCAAUGAGCCCAGAAGUUCUUAUGAAGUUGUACAAAGAAGAAGGCCUUGCUUACGUCUGGAUGCCAACACCAGACAUGAGUACUGAAGGAAGAGUCCAGAUGCUGCCUCAGGCUGUCUGUCUCCUGCAUGGGCUACUGGAGAAUGGGCACACUGUCUAUGUGCACUGCAACGCAGGUGUUGGUAGGUCCACCGCUGCAGUUUGUGGCUGGUUAAAAUAUGUGCUGGGAUGGAAUUUGAGAAAAGUGCAGUACUUUGUAGCCUCCAGAAGAGCAGCCAUCUACAUUGAUGAAGAAGCUCUGGUCCGUGCUGAGGAGGAUUUCUUCCAGAAAUUUGGGCCACUCCGUUCCUCAAUCAAGCCAUAGCAGCAGCAGCAGCGGCAGCAUAGUCAGGCUCAAAUUCUCAGAAACCAUGGCCUUAACUCCAAAAAUGCUACCAUUGUCUGAGGAAAUAGUAAGAUGAAAAUACGAGUAAAAGCGUGUGUAGCAGUCGGGAUACAUAAAGAUUAUGUAGCAGUUUUAGAGAAGGAAAAUUCACAUUGAUUACUCACACAUUGAUUACUAUUUGAGAGGGGGACUAAUUCUAGUUUGCCCACCCAUUCAUGACUCAGCACUUGGCAGGUCCUGAGUUAGGUAGCUAAGUAGGGUCAGGCCUCCUUAGUACUUUGAAGAAGGUGGUAGGCCCACCAUUGCUAUACCGCUGCCAAGGAAACAACAAGGACUGCCUGAAGUCAAGUUCAUGUUACUGCCUUUCCCAAGCAUUAUUGUUAUUUAUUUAUUUUUUAACAGAAGUGCACAUUUGCAUAUGCAAACAAAACACUGGGAGCCAGACUAGAAAAGAAACUGUAGAUUUAGUCCCUGUUUGUGGAUCUGGUUAUGGCUAAGCAUAUGAAACUUGGUAAAUCUCCUAGCCCAGGCAGCAGAUAUGAUAGAGAUAUGCAAUGCCUCCAAUGUAGAUUUUAGAAUCUAGAUUUGUUGUAAACCUCAGUUUGGCUAACCUUGGAAGCUGGUCAUGAUAGGAGUUGUAGUACAACACUUGUGUAAAGGAAAAGGAACAACCCUGUCAUACUUCACAGUAUGGGAGAAGAGCUAUGAUAAUCCAAAAAUCAGAAGGGUUUUGGUACUACAUUUUCCAUUUAAUAAAAUUUAUUAAAAGGUAUAGGUUUGGCAAGUUGAAUUAUGUUUUACAUUUGUUAAUAGGGAGUUUGUAAUCUGUCUUACACAUAUCCUCUAUCUGCAUACUUAACCUAUCUUCCCCUCUCUUCCCUCCUCUGGCCUCACCCCAAUUUAAAUCCUGCAUCAGUUUAGCUUCUCUGUGCAUUUGAUGAAGUGAGCUACAAUUCAUGAGAGUUUAUGCCCUUUAAUAAAAUGUAUUUGUCAGAAAACUCCUCCUGAUUGCAUGCUUCACAGUAGAAGCUGUCACUAACUAAUAAAUCAUAAAGGUUUUUUUUUCUCGUAUAUCCACAUGCACAGCUUUGAGAUCCCCUAAAGGCCUAACCAAAGACCUUGGUUUAUUACUAAGGUCAAAUCUUGUUCUGAUUGCUUGAACUUAGAUUUAUCCAGAUGGCCUUUCCCAAAUGUCUAUCUACUGUGGUUAGUCAGUAUAUGCUACUACUUAAUUUUGGUAUUUUCCAAGCUGCCAGUAUUUAGUCUUACACUAAAACAGGUCAUUAGAUGGAGAAUCUUCAAUACUAUAAUGUUAAAGGUGUUUGUGUCAGUGCAAUAAACUAUAGUAAUCCAGAUGACAAUUAAUCAAAGGAGACACAUGGUUUAAAACAGAUGAUUAUUAAUCAAUGUGACUUAAAUGGAAAAUAGUUUAACUCAGACAAGAAUAUCUAUGGGCAUUGUGCAACAGUCUUAAUAAAUUUGUGAAAUCUCAGCUGGAAUAAUGGCUAGUUGCUACCAUUACAUCUGGAAGAAUGCUUAGUUGCCUAUAAUCACCUUACAGAGAAAAUGGCAUAAAAAUUUAAUAAAUAAAUAGUGCAGCUGGGAGGAAAAUCCAGAAGCAUUACAGGGUUUAAUAAACGUGUAUGAUAGCUUGUAGAAGGACAAUUUUUCUAUAUAAAUAUUUUUUGUUUAUUAACUAUCUAUUGGCUUGUUUAAAAAUAUGUAUUCUAUAUUUUUGUUAAAAUCAUCUUGUAUGCAAAAAUAGCACUGAAUAUGUUUUUAGCUGCAUAUUUGACUUUAUUUCUGAACUUGGAUGUUGGAUGUGCCACUUAAAUUUUUGAAACAGACAAUGAACAAGUUCUGCUGGAUGUCAAGAUCUGGACGUCAAUGACCUGCAGAUUUUUUUGCUGUAUUUGAAUUAUAAUAAUUUAAAUAAGGGAUAACAUAAAUAAGGGGUUAAAAGUAUUUGUAAGGUUCUUGAUAUUGCAUGGGGAAUAAUUUUGACAAAAUGAAGCCUCAAUGUGGUCUAUUCAUUUUAAUUAUGUUUGUGUGUCACAAGACAAAUUAUAAGGCCAAAUGAAAGCCAAUUCAUGCUCACCUGUAGCAAAUUCAAAACACAGAAAUUUCAUCUAUAAGUUUCUAUAGAUCCAGCUUAACUGUUUUAACAUCUCUUCAUGAUUGCUGACAUUUAUUUAGCCACUGUAUGAAAAUGAAAACUAUCAUCAAGAGGACACAAGACUGAAUUUGAUAUCAGCGGGAUCUGAAUGUGGCACAUUGUACCUGAAUUCUCAUACAUAUAUUAAUAUGACCAUUGGUAUUACAGACACAUAUUAAAAGUGGCUUGGAGUUUUUUUAGAUCUGAAUAACAGGAUUGGAGAAGAUUAACCAUUAAAUGAAUUUAGCAAGAGACAUGCAAAUAAUAACAGUAUAUAUUCUAUUAAGCCAAUUAACAACAAAAACUAAUUGUAACAAAAUACUUAUAAAAAUAUUUAACUUUUCCUCACUGCAUAAUUACACAAUAGCC